UUGUAACAACCCUAACUCUGAGAGCAAGAGUUACCGUUACUGAGGUUGACUGCUAUCGCAAGCAGGAGAGGCUAACCGCCAAGAAGGUAAUUUACAUUCAAUAUGCACAGCUAGUGUUACCCCAGUCUCAACUCUGAAACAUACAGUCAUGUCUACUGUUUGUAACAGGUGCUUGGGGGCACUAAAGCAAGCCAAUCAACUGUCAUCGUCAUCAAAAAGUGUUCACUUUUCAAUAAAUUAUACACAAAUCAUUAGAAAUAAGGCAUCUGUGUUAUUAUAUAGAAAAAUAAUGCCAGAUUUAAAUUGCAGUGCAAACAGAUUUUUCUGUGCAGUGAAACCUAUACCCCCUAAACCAAAAUGGAGAAAAUUGAAAAUAUUGGCGUUAGCUUUAGGUUUAACAUCAGUUGGUGGUGCUGUCUAUUAUACAUCUUUAAGUUCUAUACAGCAGAGAAAGUUAAUUGUGUUUUCUGGUGGUGUGCGACGCUUUUUCCGGUCACUGAUUAUAGGAACUUUAAUUUCUGCUGAUUAUAAAUGGACUUUGUACAAUGUUGCGGAAGGCUCUGAGCAGUAUGAACAGCUACUGCGUACUUGCCACCAACGAGCAGCUGACAGACUUCUUGUAGGAUGUUUAAAAAAUGGAGGUCUCUAUAUCAAACUAGGUCAAGGUUUAGUUUCCAUGAAUCAUAUUUUACCUAAAGAGUACCUUAACACAUUGGUUGUGCUCCAAGAUAAAGCUCUGACAAGAAAACCUCAUGAGGUUGAGCAGCUAUUUAUGGAAGAUUUUGGUAAGAAACCUGAAGAGCUGUUUGCAGAGUUUGAGCCAGAGCCUAUAGCUGCAGCAAGUUUAGCUCAAGUACACAAAGCAACAACUUUUGAUGGUAGGAAAGUGGCAGUGAAGGUUCAGUACAUUGACUUGAGGGACAGGUUUUCUGGUGACAUUUUAACCUGCGAGAUUUUGUUAAAACUUAUUGGGUGGGUGCAUCCAAAGUUUUCAUUUUCUUGGGUUCUUCAGGAUCUAAAAGAAACUCUAAGACAAGAGCUGGAUUUUGAAAAUGAAGGAAGGAAUGCUGAGCGAUGCCAGCGAGACUUGUCACAUUUGAAAUUUAUUUACGUUCCAAAAGUUUACUGGAAUAUGACUACUAAAAGAGUUUUAACAGCUGAGUAUAUUGAUGGUGUAAAGAUCAACAAUCUUGAGGGGAUCAAGGCUUAUGGGCUCAGCUUACAAGAUGUGGACCAGAAACUUGUGAAAUCAUUUUCUGACCAAAUUUUCCUCUCUGGUUUUGUUCAUGCUGACCCUCAUCCAGGCAACGUGUUUGUGAGGAAAGGCUCAGAUGGUAAAGCCCAGUUAGUGUUACUUGAUCACGGGCUGUAUGACACCAUCAAGGGAGAUCACCGCAGAGCCCUGUGUCAGCUUUACAAGGCUAUCAUCAUGAACGAUGAAGAAGCCAUGGAUUCCUACUCACAAAAGCUUGGUGUUGAAGAUUCCCUUAUAUUUUCUAUGAUGAUCAUGCAAAGACCUGUCCGCAUGAAAACUCGAAGACUCUUUGAUAUAAAACCCCCAACUCGCGAGGAGUGGACCAUGAUGAGCAAGGAGGAGAAAGCUGUCUGGAAAGAAAAGUUCCAGGAAAUACACGACAGGGUCUUAACAAUCAUGAAAACCAUGCCAACCAGUUUGUUUUGGAUAUUCCGAAAUCUCAAUACUAUACGUGCAAUCAUACGUGACCAUGGCAACACAGUUGACAGAUAUGGAAUUAUGGCACGAAGCGCCAUCAAAGGCUCGCACUUAGAUGACCCAUCAACCACCACUAUUGCUGGCGUGUUCCGUGCAUGGUGGACACGCUGUGUGUACGACUGCCGCGUCUGGCGUGAAAACUUCAAACACAGCCUGAUGAUGAUGGUUGCAUCAUAUUACCUCAAGUUCCUUUACCUGAUGGGUCGGAGUUUACCCAUGGAGGAAAUUAAAACUUUCAUGAAAACAGAAGAGAAAAGGUUUGAUCACCUGUAACAGAACAAGAGCUUCUGCUGAAAGUAAAUGUAGACAUACUUUCACAAUUAACAGAGAGACAAUGAUGUUACUACCAUUAACAAAAGGAGAAAUGUCUUUUAUUGAAAGAGACAUCUGCCGAAACUGUGAUAUUAUCUGCUCUUCCUUUACAUAAAAUACAUAUAUUUACUUAAACUUAUGUGUAAGAAUACACAUGUAUAAUCUACAUCUGUACACUUAUUAUACAUUAGUGUUUUGUUCAUGUAGUGAUAACUGGACCAAGUUGAUAUUUUCUUCAGCUGGGUCUUGUGUAUCUGGAGCCAUUUAAUCCUGUGGACAUUUGCUUUUCUUUAUUUUUCUGGUAUCAUUUGAUCCAGUUAGUAUUCACCAUCCAUAUUUUUCAGGUAGCAUCUUAAAUCCAAUGGAUGGUCUAUAUUUUUUUAUAGCAUUUUAUCGUGUGUGUUUGUACUUCGUAUAAGUGAGGAAGGGAUCCACUGGAUUUUCUCUUUCCAUAUAUUUUUUGUAUCUUUUGAUCUAGCAAAUGUUUCUACUUAAUUUUGCAUUAUUUUUCGUAUGCUUUUUUUUCUGGAUCAUUUUAUUUUCAAAAAUAGGCAACUCUUUUAUCAUUGAAGUAGACUGUUUUGUUAUGUUAAACAUUGCGCAGUUUUUACCAAAAUUGUAAACAUUUUCUUAGUUUAUGUCAUAACAUUUUCUGUAACUUUGAUACUUCAUAAAUUAAUUAGACAACACUGAUACAAAAGCAGUCGAUCAAAUUGACACGGUGAUCAUUA